AUGAAAUCAAUCCUUUUCGUCAUUUUACUAGUCAUCGGCUCAUCUUAUGCUGAAUCAAGCAAGUCUAACAUAUUAAUUGGAAAUUUGGUUGGAAAAAAUCAAUCUUUUAUUGUUGAUGAUUUUGCUCGAUGUAUUGAAGAUGACAAUCCAGUAAUUAUCACAGACUUUAAGGCAAAACUUAAGAAAAUUAGAUUAAAACAAGAUUCGGUUAUUAUUCUGAUGACUGAGAAUUUGAAAGUGAAAGCUAUCAAAUCGAUAAUUUUAAAGAAACGAUACUCAACAAUUUGGAAUAAUAAGGUUAAAAUUCUCCUCGUUUCAACUACUUCAAUGGGCUCCAAAGCCAAGCUUCGAAUGCUUGAAGUUUUUUCAUCGCAUGGCUUAAUCGAUGUGGCAAUUUUGACUGAGAUCAACAGCAAAAUUAAAUACUCAGCUCUACAAAUAGUUAAUGGAAGUCUGACAACUUUAACUAAUGUCAAAAAUGGCAACAACCUCUUUCCAGAUAAGCUGAAGAAUCUCAUGGGAUAUAAAUACAGAAUUGUUGUCUACAAUCAACUUCCUCGACUUAUGAUGAAAGAUGGCAAUGUUCAAUCAUCAAUGACUUACUUUAUGGACGCUGUUGCUGCUAAACAAAAUGCUACGAUCCAAUACAUACAAAUUGAAAAUCACAAGGAUUUUUCGGAAUACUGGGAGGAUCGAGAAAUGGAUUUAACACUCAAUACAGGUGUAACCUUUGUAAAUACCGGUAGUUUUCCUAAACUUCUUACAUAUGAGGAAACAGGCUAUUGCGCCUUAGUUCCACUACCAUCAAAAGUAUCUCUGUCUGAGAUGAUUUACAUUAAGCCAUUCGAUAUUUUCAUUUGGUGUCUUUUGAUUCUCUCGAUUGCGCUUUCUGCUUGUAUUUUUAAGGUAUUUCGCAGUCGAGGUGCUGUCGAUUCUCACUGGCUUCUUGUUUAUGGUAUUUUUGUCAUGUUUAUUGGUCAAGGUAUGCAAUUCAGUCGUAAUAAUCGAAUGGUUCUAUCCAUUCUCCUUCAAAUCAUCAUUUUUGUGAUUUUUGUGCUAAGCAGCUUGUACGAAGGAGAAAUCACUUCCUUCAUGAUUCAACCAAUUCAAAGAAAUCGAUUAAGCCGAUUUGAUCAGAUUCCAUUUAGCGAAUAUGAGAUCUUAACAGAUGCAACGUUCGGUUACUUAAUGAAAGAUUCCGAAGAAUUUAUGGCUAUGAAAAGUCGGAUAAAUACAUCAAUUCAUCGUUUGGAAAAAGGAUAUGGAACUGAAAUUCUUCGACAGCAUUUUAUCUUUUUAUUUAGAUGCGAUAAAGCUGAAUGGGAUAUCGGACGCAGCCUCAGAGCCGGUGGAACUGUCUCGGACUAUUAUUAUUUGCUUCCGGACAGAAUUUUCAAUCAUUUUGUGAGGCUUGAGGCAAGUUUCUUGAAUCCAUUCAUUCAUAAGCUACAAAAUAUUAUGGAUUUAGCAUUUGAAGCUGGAUUGCCUCAGAAUUGGAAGAUCUUUGGUUUAAUGGGCAAAAUAAGACAUUCAAAACAUUCAUCAACAGACAAUCCGACAUAUUUGGAACUUGAAGAUUUAAUGCAAGUUUUUUACAUCAUAAUUGUUGGCCUUGCAAUCUCAACUUUUGUCCUGCUUGUUGAAAUUUUCUUUCACAGCUUCUUAAGGAACUUGCACUUUGCAUAUCUCGGAAGAAGAUUAAGGAGCGCUAUUGUAAGAAUGGGAACUAACAAGAAGAAACCAAAACGAUCAGAACAUGGAGCUCUUUACUAUAUUCUGCAUCAGCACAAGAAGAUCAAACGAUUGAGGAAGUUGAAAGUUAGGAAAAUUUUCGUACAGAAUGAUUUACGUGUCACACUUGGAACAUCAACUUGCUUAACUGAAGCUGGCCUUCGAUUUCAUUUUUUAAACAAUAAUAGAAAGUUAAACGAGGCAUUAAGUCAGACGUUCAAGCUAUCAAUUAAAAUGAAAUUUGUUUUCUUCUUAAUCUCAUUAUUUGUGUUGAUAACAGUCAUCAGCUGUGAUGAAAAUGAUGAUCCCCAAUAUGUCUGCAAUUUAGAAAAAGAAACUGGAAUUUGUCGCGCUAAUCAACCAAAGUGGUAUUAUGAUGCAUCAGCAAAGUCAUGUCAUUUAUUCACUUAUGGAGGAUGCAGAGGAAAUGCCAAUAACUUCAACACUGAAGCAGAUUGUAAAGCGAAAUGCAAUGGCGUUUAAUGGACCUUAAUGGGUUAGACAACCUUGAAUGCUUCUAGGGCAACCUAGUCC